AUGAAGACUGAUGUUUCUAAGGCAGGUCAUGACUGUAGACCCUUGAAAAGAAAAUCAGAAGUUCUUGCUAGUCCAGUUCCACUUGGAGCGUCAGGCAAAGGUUUGUCAUAUGCUCCAGUUGAUUGGCCAAAUGUUGGUGAUAUCUGGGGUUGGAGAGUUGGAACCAGAGUUAGGGCUGUAGGAUUCUACAAUGAUCGGUUCUUGUAUGCUCCUCAGAGGCUCCAAAAGAAGCCUACUAGAAAACUACUAUUCCAGAGCAAGCUAUCCAUUUUACGUUAUCUUAAAUCACAAUUCCCUGAAGCUGACAUUGAAGCAUUUUUUGCAUCAUUCACUUGGGAUGUUCCAGCAGAAGCUCAUUCUACAAAACUAAGGUUCAGAAAUCAUGGUGAAAUAUAG